AUGCAGACGCUUUACAUUCACACACGCGACACCACGGAAACGAGGCCGCCGAACACUCCCAAGCUACUGACACAACCGCAGACAGUCGACCCCGGACGUGGCAAACAACAACGCGCGACCGAAGAUCUCACGCCGACAAUCCCGGUACGACGCGGCACACGAAACACAACACACCUCGACCCCAGCACGCAGAACGACAGACUCGCGUCGGGGGGGGAUGAUAACAGACCCCGACUAACUGGACAACCCACAGGAUACUCCAAAGACGACGAACAGCUCAGGGAAGUCGAGGUCCUACCGCCCAAGGGGCUCCGCAACUAUCACUUACUACACGGAAUGUCGAACCAGCGCGCACUGCCUAACUCCUUACAAAUCUCAGACACCGAACUCCUCUGGGUCAACUCUUCCAGGGAGCGCUUGACUGCAUGUCCGGAUCCCCUGAACUGCGGGACGCUCGACUAUCACGUGAGAUAA